CCUUCCUUUCUUCCUUACAGAAAAAAAAAAACACUCUUCGAAGUUCUAAAAUCUUCCCCGAGACGGCUCUCUCUCUCUCUCUCUGCAAAAUUCCCAAUUUUUUUUCCCCCUUUCAAAAAAAAAAAAACGAAGAAAUCUCUGUUUUUGUUUUUGUUUUCUACUUCUGAUUUAAGUCAAUCUUCUCUGUUCAAAUCUGGGGUUUUUUAUAAAAAAAAAAAAUCAUUUGGAAUAAACCCCAAGUUUCGAUCUUCUCCACCCAGAUGAAACCCUAAUUUUUCCAUUAAAAGAAAAAAGAAAAAGAAAAUGCAGGAAUCGGGUUUUAAUCCGAAGACGUUUUUGGGUGUUCGAUUCGCUCUCGUUGGAUUCAAUCCCACCCAUGGGAACUCGUUACGGUCCAAGCUUGUGAGUGGUGGUGGCGUUGAUGUUGGCCAAUGCUCUCAAUCCUGUACUCACCUCAUCGUAGAUAAGCUUGUUUAUGAUGAUCCGAUUUGCGUAGCUGCUCGAAGCAGCGGGAAGGUGGUUGUCACAGGGUCAUGGGUUGGUCACAGCUUCGACACUGGAAUGCUUGUUCAUGCCAAUUCGGUUUUGUAUAAGCCUCUUAGAGAUUUGAAUGGGGUUCCAGGUUCCAAAACCUUAGUUGUGUGCUUGACCGGGUACCAAGGUCAAGAUAGAGAAGACAUUAUGGCAAUGGUUGAUUUGAUGGGUGGGAACUUCUCUAAGCCCUUGGUUGCAAACCGAGUCACCCAUCUUAUAUGCUACAAGUUUGAGGGAGAAAAGUAUGAGCUAGCCAAGCGGAUGAAGAAGAUUAAAGUAGUGAACCACCGGUGGUUAGAGGACUGCUUAAAGAAUUGGAAGCUCCUUCCUGAGGUUGAGUACGAGAUAAGGUAUAUAUCCAUCUCUAUCUCUUGUAUUAGUGGACGCCUGGAAUUGCUUUUCUAUACAGUUGGUGUAAGCUGCUUCUAUUGA